GCCGGGAUGAUCAGGCGUUUCCAGCGUGGAGCUCCACCCUCUGCGCUCCAGUCCUGAUUUUCAGCACCGGGCGCUUCAGGUCUGAGAGCAGAAGAUCCCGGUUCUCCGCUCCACCCCUGGUGUUCCUGAUCUCCAGGUCUUUGUCCCCGGAACUCGCAGUCACUCCUGGGUGUCCAUCUGGACUUUUGCUCGCAUCUGGAUCUCAGCGCGGCCAGCAGGGAGAAAAAGCGCUUACAGAAACCACGGCGCCCUAAAGUUUGGAAAGAAAAAGAAAAAGAAAGUUCCGGCAGCUCCACUGUCCUCCGUGGAUUUUACUCCCGUCGAAACUGUGAAGCAGUUCAGCAGUGGAGUGACUGAGAUUGACGCCAGAAGUUUUAGAGGGGAGGAAGAAAAGUUUUUUUCUUCUUUUUUUUUAGGUACCCACAUAUUUCUAAUUCACUUUUCCCGUCGAGUCUGGUACUCGACGUGAGUGAACGGACUGUUUUUUUCCUCGGAGUUUUUGUGAGCUGGGCUCGGAGCUGCUGUGAAUGAAGACUUGAAGAAAUCUGCGCGUCUCUCUGAAGAAACUCGACGUGGGAGUCCAAGAAACUCAACUUAACAACCGCAUAUCUAUAUAAUUUUUUGGUUCAGUGUUUGUAUUUUUGGUUUAUUUGUUCCCCCACACACGAAAUGAAGUCGCUGUUGGUGCUGUGCGUCGUUUGCCCGCUGGCCGUGCUGUGCGUUUCGGGCACCGCGGAGCAAAAGUUAAAAAACUGUAACGAAGUUCGUGCCGUUUUCAGCUCCAAAGGCCUAAACAUUAACGACGUUCCCAACAAAGGAGUUUCCGGAGCUUCUCUCAAAGUCUGCCCUCAGGGUUUCUCAUGCUGCACGGUGGAGAUGGAGGAGAAGCUCAGCCAGGAGAGCCACACAGAGAUCAAAGCUCCUGUGUCCAGGCUUAGCACCAACCUACAAACCAUCUUCAAAGAGAGGCACAACCACUUUGACAAUUUUUUCCGCGAGCUUUUGAAAAACGCACAGAUCUCGCUGCACAACAUGUUCUUAAGAACAUACGGAAAGAUGUACGAGCAGAACUCACAGCUCUUCAGCGACUUCUUCGAGUCCCUGACCAGAUACUACGUGGACGGCAGCGCCAAGAUGGACCUGGACGCCAUGCUGUCGGAGUUCUGGGCCGACCUCCUGGAGAGGAUGUUCCGACUAGUCAACGUGCAGUUCGAGUUCAGCGACGCCUACAUGGAGUGCGUGAGCCGGCACACGGACGAGCUGCAGCCGUUCGGGGACGUGCCCCGCAAGCUGCGCAUCCAGCUGAAGCGGGCCUUCAUCGCUGCACGCACGUUCGUGCGUGGCCUCAAGCUCAUGCCGGAGGUUUUCAAUAAAGUCUCCACGGUCAGUGCGACCCCCAGCUGUGUGCGAGCCGCCACGAAGAUGCUGUACUGUCCGUACUGCUCAGGCCAGGUGGCGCUGAAGCCCUGUCAGAACUACUGCCUGAAUGUGAUGCGAGGCUGUUUGGCCAACCAGGCGGACCUGGACACCGAGUGGAACAACUUCCUCGAUGCCAUGCUCAGUCUGGCAGAGCGGCUCGAAGGUCCGUUUAACUUUGAGUCUGUGAUGGAUCCCAUCGAUGUCAAGAUUUCAGAGGCCAUCAUGAACAUGCAGGAGAACAGCAUGCAAGUCUCACAAAAAGUUUUUCAAGGAUGUGGGACGCCCAAGUUAAGUCAGAGCUUCCGGAACAGGCGUUCUCUGAAAGAAACGGGCUUCGCGAAUCGUUUCCGUCCCUACACACCAGAGGCCAGGCCGACAACGGCUGCCGGAACCAGUUUAGACCGGCUGACAAGUGAAGUGAAGAGAAAGCUAAAACAAGCAAAGAAGUUCUGGUCCACGUUGCCCGAGACUGUGUGUGCAGAUGGGGGGAUUGCCCCCGGCGACGAGUGCUGGAACGGUACAGCAAAAAGCAGGUACGAGCUUCACGUCAUCGGAAACGGAUUGGCUAACCAGGGAACCAACCCGGAUGUGGAGGUGGACAUAACAAAACCGCACACCGUGAUCCGCAGUCAGAUCGCAGCUUUGAAGGAAAUGACGAUCUGGCUAAAAACUGCGCACAGUGGCAAUGAGAUCAUUGAAAACACAGACGACGAUGACGGCAGCGGCGAGGAAAGCGGCAGCGGCUGCGACUCCCCAUCCUGCAUACCAGACAUUUACUUCCCCAACACCACGCCAAACACGAACAAGCCGCGGGUCAAUCCGGUGCACAGCAGUAAUUCCGCUGGGGCUCACAUCCGAGGAGGCGUGACGCUGGCGCUCUGCGGGCUCGCCGCCGCUCUGCUCGCACCGCGGUUGAGAUAAAACUGAGCCACACAAGAAGAAACGGAACGCUGGAAAAGAAUAAAACCGAAGGGGAAAACUGUCAGACUUUAACAAAGACUGCCUUCAGGACCUCAGACUGUCCGCUGUUUGGGGGGGUGGGAUUCGUCUUGAUAUUACAAUAACUUCACUAUUAACUAUUUGUAUGUUUUUAAGGACAUUGGUGUACAGCAGCACAAAUUUCUUCCUAUGAAACCCACCCUGUCCCCAAGAGAAUCUAGUUCUCCAGGAACUAGAUCCCUUAAGUUCCGCUUUGCAGCAUUUCCCACCUAAAACAAUCUUCCUACUCUUGCAAUUGAAUUUCCUGAUACAUUUUGUGCCUUCUUCAGAGCGAAGCGUUCGGAAGGAUGUUUGGUGGAACAGGGUGUGCUGGUCGUCAUAUUCCUGAGGAUAUUUUAGGCAACAUUUUCAGUGUGGGAAUCACUGUAGACCUUUAAAAAAAACAUUUGCCAGUCCAAAUCUGUAACACAUACUGUGUUAGCUUUGGCUGGGUGAGCUUUUUUUUAAGGUGGAAUGAAGAGAUUAGUAGAAGAGCUGAGGUUUGUCUGACCCAAAGAUCACUCCUCGCCUUUUUUUUUUUUUUUUUUUGCGCCCGCUACAACCAUAACAACCUAACUUUUUAACGUCUUCAGUAGUAAAACCAUACCUCAUGCUUGGAUUCAAUGCAAACUCAGAGUUGAAGGUGUCUGAUAGUUGGAUGGGUGGCUCCCCCCUGGAAGGAGAAGAAGAAGGCGUCGCGGUUGGGUCUCAAACGGCCUGAAAAAGCUGCGUUCAGCACAGACUGCACGGCGUAGACUGACGAGAGAAGAUAGAUGUCCAGAGCAUUUCACGUACGAAACCAGAGAAGAACAAAAUGUUUUGUUUAAGAGAUCAAAGUCUAUUUUGAUACAGGGUUUUAUGUUGAGGAGAUGUAAUUGUUUUGUCUAUUUUUGGUAUGAAGAUAUAUAUUUGGUACUACAGGCAGACUGUACUGCUUGUCUGAGAUGAUGGAAGAGGACAGAGUGCACAGUUUUACCCUCCCCUCCCUAUCUUACCUCUGAAAUCGCCUAAAUUAGUAUAAACAGAAAUCUCUCAAAUUCUCAUCCUUUAAGGUGGAAUCUUGAGGUUACGUUCCGGUUUUAAGGAUUCCCUGAAGCACAAUGACAGCUCAGCAUCCUCCAGUUCGAUAAUCAGGUCUGUGAGUCGCGUCACUCGACCGUUUCUACUCUAAACUGAUGCUGCCUCCUGUAGCUUUUGUACAGUAACUUAUGUCUGUAUUUGAAUGUCAUUGCAACAUGUUUUUCCCACCCAAAAACAGCGCUAUAGCACGCAUACAGCUGGAAGAGGAACACUUGGUUCUCUGAGUAAUUUAUUAGACAUUCACGUGAGAAAUAUCAAAGCUUAUUCUUUAGAUUCUGUUCAACAUAAACCUUUUUAUUUCAUGAUUACAUUGAUUUAAAACGAGCAGGUUGGCUCGGCUCCUUUAGGUUUUAAAGAGAUCUUCCGUGUUAUUACGGUUCAGAGUUUGAAGGAUUUGAAGAAAACAUCUAUGCAUUAAAAGUCCUGAAGCCUUAAACGAAAAGCAGCGCCUCCGCUUCAGACGUAAAACUCUGUUUUUGUGUCCCGUAAACAUUUCUGCGAGGGCUUGUGCACGUGUAAGAAGCUUUCUCAGAGCUGGAGUGGGUGAGGGGGGUGUUUGUUUUUGGUGACCGACCGACCGUCCCUCGGCUGGUAGGAGGCGCUCCAGCUGCUGGGACGGUCAUGUGACUUAAAAGUCAGGUUUGGCAGGUUCGCCUGUGGCCCCUCGAGAACAGAAAAGGACUCACUUUGAGGAAACGAAUGACUGAAAACGAAUGAAAGAAGUGUAAAUACAGAGCAGCCGGGUUUAGAUGUCUCUAAAAGAGGCCUUAACAGUACACCAGAUUUUUACAUGUCAGAGUAUCUCCUAAAUGUUAUCAAAAAAGACACACGAGAUAGAUGUUAAAUUGUAAGAAACAAAUGUAUAUUAAACAUCAUUUCUUAGUCUUGUGGAAAUAAAGACUGCCAAUAUUUAAA